CUCAUGGAUCUGGUACAUAGGUCUACAAGUAACUUUAUGCACUUAUCUUUCAUUUUGACGGCUGAAUGUAUUUUAUUUAGUGAAUGUAAGUGUUUUGACUCACGUGAAAUGUUUCAGAGCCAAACCAACACAGGUGUUUUGAGACUUAGCAGGCGUUGGAGUAACAGGGAAGAGAACUAACUGACCACCAUCAUGGGGCUCGAGUUGUUUAUUCUCUUUUUGGCAUCAUGUUGCAUCGGGCAAUCAAAGACAAGAAAUGUCCUUUUAAUUAUUGCUGAUGAUGCAGGUUUUGAGACGGAGGUGUAUAACAACUCUGUGGUCCACACACCCCACCUGCGCUCUCUGGCCCAGCGUAGCCUGGUGUUCAGCAACGCCUUCACCUCUGUCAGCAGUUGCUCCCCCAGCCGCUCCACCAUCCUCACCGGCCUGCCGCAGCACCAGAACGGCAUGUAUGGGCUUCAUCAGGGUGUUCAUCACUUUAACUCGUUUGACGGAGUACAAAGUCUGUCGCUGCUCCUCAGCCAAGCCAACGUACACACAGGUAUAAUUGGGAAGAAGCAUGUCGGCCCUGGAUCUGUAUACCCUUUUGAUUUUGCCUACACAGAGGAGAACAGCUCUGUCCUUCAGGUGGGGAGGAACAUCACACGCAUAAAACUCCUGGUCCGCAAGUUUUUCCAGACCCAUAAAGAGGAAGCCUUUGAACGAAGGCGAAAGAAGGAAGACAUUAAAGUCAAUAUAAAAGAUGAAGGCAGGCCAUUUUUCCUUUAUGUUGCCUUUCACGACACCCACCGAUGUGGACACUCGCAGCCCCAGUAUGGAGCCUUCUGCGAGAAGUUUGGGAAUGGUGAAAUGGGGAUGGGUAGGAUACCUGACUGGACACCAGAAUAUUACACACCAGAACAAGUGAAGGUUCCUCCUUUUGUGCCGGAUACACCCGCAGCACGGGCCGACUUGGCUGCACAGUACACCACAGUUAGCAGGCUGGAUCAAGGCAUCGGUUUGGUUCUUCAGGAGCUAAGGGACGCUGGUUAUGAGAACGACACUCUGGUCAUCUACAGCUCAGAUAAUGGCAUCCCCUUCCCGAACGGCAGAACCAACCUGUAUCGCUCCGGGACUGCAGAGCCCAUGCUGUUGUCCUCUCCAGAGCACAGGGAGCGAUGGGGAGACACCAGCCAGGCCUACGUUAGCCUGCUGGACAUUACUCCCACCAUUCUGGACUGGUUCUCUGUUCCCUACCCGUCCUACAGCCUCCCUGGCAGCCCUGCCAACCCGGUCCACCUCACCGGGCGCUCUUUACUUCCUGCUCUGGUCACUGACACUGACUGGCGAACCGUCUAUGCCAGCCAGUCUCUCCACGAG